UUAGAUAUAGUGGUUCCAAGCAGGAAACCAUUGAUUAAUUGUAUGAAAAUAUGAAAAAAAUCAUCUUCCUCGUACUUUCAUUUGUUCUUUUGGAUGAAAAUGUAAGCUACGAAUUUGAAAAAAAGGUUGUAUACGAACUUAAUCGGACGCUAGCUUUCAUUGAUGAUAAAUUCGAAGAAUUCGGAUUUGAUGGUACAUUUGGGGUAACACUAGCGCAAGUACAAUUGAACAAAAUAUUGUUCCACAGUCAUCCAUCAGUUACCAGUACUUUAGAUGAUUCAAUAAUCAAGAUUCUAGCUAAGAAAUGUAAACUGAUUAUUGAGAAGACUAUGCCACUAAUGCCAAACAAGCCCCCAUAUAUGAUUACAUUUCGAAAAAAACUUUUGGAUGCCACUAAAUGGACUCGAGCAUUGAAUAAUGAUUUCUUGCAUGGUGGUAUCACCGAGCUAGGAAUCUACAAGAAUUGGACAGCAAACGUGAUCUUGAGACAAAAACAUGCAAUUUAUAAAGGAGUGAGAUCUGACGAAUGCUUGAUAGAAAUAUUGGAGAAUUCUCCAUCUACUGGACCUUGUUUUGUAAGCGAAAUCUGUUCUGAUAUGAUGCUAGAUUGGCAUAGAGUUGACACUGGAUAUCUCUUAACUCAUCGGCUUCUCUAUUUACAAAUAAAAAAAUUGCAAGGGUGUACUUUUCCAGGAGAUCCCUCAUCAACUGAGAAAUACAUCAAGAAAUUUUGCUCUUACAUAUUCAAGGAGGCACGUACCAAUCAAAUGCUAGGAUUUCCUUACCACGACAUUUUUUUAGAGCAAGUUGUCUUAUGCGGCAUGGAAGGAUACGAGGAAUUCCUGAAUGAUACUUGGUUAUCAGAACUACUUCAUUGGCAAAACCCACACGGAUGUUUCGCUAGCAUAGCGAAAGACAGAAUAAGGAACAAGACAAAAAGAACCAGUACGACUAUCGAUCAUGGUUGCUCUGAUCACUCCACAGGAUUGGGUGCUGCCGUUCUUGCUCUGUUCCUCAGAUAUCUGAUGCUCGCUAGAUCAGCAUUGGAACACCAGAGAUGAUUUGAGUUCCUCAUGCCUAUUCUUUCAGCAUGCAUUAUUCACGAUGGACCAGAAUCGUCUCACGAUAUUCCUAUAGCGACAGUGAUGGAAUACAUGAACUAAAUAUUGAAUUCAACCAACAAAUGACAGUUAUUAUGACUGUCAUUAUUAAUAUCAUU